AUGGAGGUGGGGUGCAUCUUAAAGAGCUUCAUCCUCAAGUACGUACAACAAGAUGAGGAUCUCAGGAGGUGA